AUGACGGCCAGCAAAGACGCCUUGGAAGGUGUUCAACAAAACGAAGACUUCGAACACGCAGCAACCCAUGGGACUUAUCUCGACAAGGAAGAGGCAUCCCAUCUCUCAGAAGAGCAUCGCCAGUACCUCAUCCAACGCCAUGGGACGCUGGAUAUCGACCCACUUCCUACCAUGAGUGAUGCAGAUCCGUACAACUGGCCAACACACAAGAAAGUCCUCAAUCUCGCCUUCGUCGCCUUCCACGCCUGCAUGUGUGCCUUCCCAGCGAGCGCCAUCAUUCCAGCGUACGAAACCAUUGCAGAAGAUCUUGGUUCAUUCUUCAUAUCUCCGCCCAAUGCGAUUGGUAGCGCAGUCGUUGUCGAAUCCUUCUUCAAGCGCGAGCGAGCCCGAUAUAUGGGUGUCUGGACCGUCAUGCUGACGAUUGGCAUACCUCUCGCGCCUUUGAUCUUCGGCUUCGUGACAACCUACGCUGGUUAUCGAUGGAUCUACUGGAUCCUAGCGAUCAUUAAUGGCGUUCAGCUCGUUCUCUAUGGCUUGUUCGGCCCCGAGACUCGCUUCAUUCGCCAUGGACAAUAUUUCAAGUUCCGUCGCAUCGAUACAACUCCCAUCACAGCGAUAGCGUUCGUCAGUCCAUUGAGACUGGCCAAGUGCCCAUGCAUCAUGAUUCCAACUGUAGCUUACGCGAUGGUGUUCCUUUUCGCGUCGGUCUUGACUAGCGUUGAAAUCCCACAGCUCUUUGCGGAAAAGUUUCACUUCAACGCACAACAGCUUGGUCUCCAGUUCCUUGGUCUGAUAAUUGGGUCCAUCGUUGGCGAGCAGAUCAGUGGCUACUCGAGCGAUCUGUGGAUGCGUGCACGAGCGAAGCGCAUUGCACCUCGUAGACCUGCACCGGAGUUUCGCUUAUGGUUGAGCUACUUUGGCAUUCUGCUGACAAUUUGCGGGAUCGUUGUAUUCUUGGUUCGUAUCGAGCAGGCACCGGAGGGUCAGUGGAACGUCACGCCUAUCAUUGGUGCUGGUAUCGCUGCUGCGGGCAAUCAGAUUGUCACUACAACUCUCAUCAUGUAUGCGGUGGACUGCUACCCAGAUGAGGCUGGUAGUAUUGGCGUUUUUAUCACGUUUGUGAGGCAUGUCUGGGGUUUCAUUGGACCUUUUUGGUUCCCUGAUAUGUUCGCGACUGUCGGUAUAGCGAACAGUGCUGGUGUUGUGGUCGCUUUGAUCAUUGGAGUGUCGUUGUUCCCAGUCAUUUUCACGCACUGGAGAGGACACAAGAUGCGGGGUGAGAUGUCUGGACGGAUGUAG